GCUCGUCCAAAAGGAGAAGGUCUGACUCCAUACCAGGGCAAGAAACGCUGUUUUGGUGAAUACAAGUGUCCUAAAUGCAAGAGAAAAUGGAUGAGCGGAAAUUCCUGGGCUAACAUGGGACAAGAAUGUAUCAAGUGCCACAUUAAUGUUUAUCCCCACAAACAGAGACCCCUGGAGAAGCCGGACGGCCUGGACGUCUCAGACCAGAGCAAAGAACAUCCCCAGCACCUGUGUGAGAAGUGCAAAGUUUUGGGCUACUACUGCCGCCGCGUGCAAUAAGCCAUUCAGUGGCCUCUUCCCGUCCCCAUCAUCCUUCAAGAUCCUCUGGCAGCAUAUGAUGAACAGCAACACAAAAAAGUCAAGACAAAAGCUAAAAUAAUUGCCAAUAUUGCCUAUCUUUAACCUAGUAAUAUGCCUUACCAGUAGUAGAAUGUAACAUUUCUCCUGGGCAUGCUCACACAUGCCACAGGUAUUUACAGGACUACAGCAUAUUUGAUUGCAUA